AUGUCGAGUUCCAAGGGAUACCUCCCCGCCAAAGCCUGGAUGAUCGUUGAUUCAGCAGCUUGUUUGGAGCUUGAGGCCUGGGGACAAGAUGGAGGUUUGGACAGUACAUACAGACCUCGUGCCUUUGGGGUCGAGUCAGCAAUAAUCGUUAUUGAAGCUUGCCAUCAGCUGCGAGGGACACUGUGCAUCAAGCACUCUACUAGCUUGAGGGAGCUGUCUCGCCUGCUUUGCGUAAAAUACAAACGGUCUCAAGAAUGGUACCCCGAAUUGAAACGUUACGCCCCGAAACGCGCCUGCCAUACGUUGAUUACGGGCUGCUGCGCUGGCUGUUUGGUAUGCCAAUUCGGGCCCUUUGCUGUGUACGGGCAAUACUCCGCCUUCACUGCACCUCGGACGGCAUCAUUCCAACAUCAUCGCUGCCUCGCCGUUUCCACCUCCAAUGUCACCUUGCCUCGACGCGAGCACUCCAACGUGGUGAAGAAGGCGAAUGACGAUGGCUGCUGCUCCGCGCUUAGCUCCCCCACGCCCAAGUCACCGUCAGCGCGGCUUAGGUCCAAGUUUACUGCUCUUGACACAACUCUCUUUCUCGCUCUGCAUUUCGCUUUGGGCGACUCGAGUCACUCGUUCCCUCGCAAGGACAUUGUUGACUCGGAUGUUUCGCUGUUUACACGUAUUCGCCAAAUCCUGAAUCGAAACCUAGCUACAGUCGUUAUGGGGGACUCACUUGUCAAAGCAGCCCACCAGCUGCAAAAGUUUUUCAGCCAUCUUGUUCAAAUAAUUCAUAAGCUUUUAAAUGGCUCGUUCCGCGGAGAGGCCACAGGGAAACGACGGAGAUUCAAUAAACGUCGACGAUCAUUGAAGGACUUUGCUCAAGAAGUCGAGCAACUUUUUAUCGGUCACUUGUCAACAGGGCGCCUUGCAUCAAUGUCGAAAGAAAUCCGGUCACAACUACGUUCCUCUGCCCAGUCGAGCCACAUCAACAUGCUCCCGUCAUUUAGCCAUUCCCUGCCGUCCGGAAACGAGAAAGGCACCUAUCUCGCCUUGGAUGUUGGUGGUUCAACGCUCCGUGUCGCUCUGGUGGAAUUGCUCGGGAAAAAUGGAGAAAUGAAAAUCUUGAGGAUAGCGUCAUCGCAUAUCAACGAGGAUGUAAAGGCUUUAAUGGGAAAGGCCUUUUUUGAUUGGAUGGCAGGGAAGAUAGAAGAGAUGCUCCAGAAUGGCACGGAGGACCACGGCAAAGACUCAUCCCCGUUGCCGAUGGGAUUAUCCUGGUCCUUUCCCAUUGAACAAACGUCUAUUCGCAGUGGGAAUGUGAUUGCCAUGGGCAAGGGUUUUCGCUGCUCCGAUGGCACCGUUGGUGAUGACUUGAGAGAACUCAUUAUGGAGGCGUGCCAGAAACGCAACCUCAACGUCACGCUGGAAGCCAUUGUUAAUGAUGGUUCUGCUACCCUGCUUUCGCGUGCUUAUGUCGAUCCGACGACUCGAUUGUCCCUAAUCUUAGGAACGGGAACGAAUAUGUCUGUUCACUUUCCCGUGCACGCGAUUGGAAUAGAAAAGUAUGGGAAACGAUCACCAGAGUGGUUCGCACAAGCUGACCAUGUCAUAACCAAUACCGAGAUCAGCAUGUUCGGUGGUGGGGUGUUACAGAUGACGCGUUGGGACGAUGAUUUGAAUCGCAAUCAUAUCAAACCAGACUACCAGCCUCUUGAGUAUAUGUGCACCGGCCGGUAUUUGGGCGAAAUCGUCAGGCUCAUUGCUGUGGAGGCCGUCCAGACGGCAGGCUUGUUUGGCGGCCACCUACCAGCUUCAAUGCAAGCACGAUAUUCACUGGACACCGCGGACAUAGCAUGUAUCGAGGAGGAUACCUCGCCUUCUUUCAAGCAAUCACUUGAUUUAAUUCAGGAACAUCACCAAUUUCGCAUCCCUCCAACGCCAGCGGACAUUGCGUUUCUGAAAACUAUCAGCCAUUGCGUCUCACAGCGAGCUACAGCUUACCUAGCAGUAGCGAUCCACGGGCUUUGGUGCUUGCGAAAUGAAAGCGAAACGCCAAUCCUUCCUGCAACGCCGGAAUCAAUGAAUGACGAUAGCAAUGUCAAGCCUCACAGGAAAGAGUAUCCGAAGGACCCUGUUCGAUUGCAGGUCAAUAUCGCCUGUGAUGGAAGCGUCAUUAACAAAUACCCCAAUUUUCGAACUCGAUGUCAGAAUUACCUGAAUCAAUUGACCCUAGAACCCGAUCCACCCCAAUCUAUUUCUCCAACAGACGAUGUAGUCGUGAUGAAGGAGCCGACAUCUUCGGUCGACCAACUGCCGUCUAUUACACUCGAUUCAGCUCCUGAAAGCGGAAUUUUCGGUGCAGCCGUUGCUGUCGCAGUCGCGGCUCCCGGCAACGAGUGA